CAAUUAUUGUUCCAAUCUCGGGGUUCAUUUGAUAAUUUGUAGAGCAUUUUUUUUUUUUCUCUUGUUUACCGAACUCACGUCGUUUCCUUCAAAAUCCCUCGUCACAAUCCUUCUCAGCAUCAGCUAAUUGAUGAUCCCACAGCCCAGUUUCUUUCUUUCCCCGGAAAACUCCUCCAGUUUGUUUCCGCUCCUCUCAGGUUGAUUCAUGGGCUGUUUUGCUCCCUCCUGCAGAGGCCUCAGCGGCAGUCCUUUCGUCCUUCAUCUCACUGCCAAAUUCACCUGCCUAAAAACCCUUUACAUUGAAUUCGAUUAUUCUGGGGAUUUUGGAACCUCCCAGAGUAGUGAGCUAGUAGUCAAGUGGAAGAUUGGCUCCAAAUCUUCAUAAUGCUUACUGCUAGAAGUCUUGCUUGAGCUUCUAGCAAUACUGGUGAUGGCAAUAAUAAUAAUGUUAAUCCUAGAGAAGUCGAGUUACUGGGGAAUACUUUGAUGUUAAUAUGGAGUUUGCUGAUAUCAGAAUUUUAAUAUGGACAAGCUUAAGUUUGAUGUGCCAAAGUUGCCAGGAUGGGUCUCUGCUCUGAUAAAAGUUGGAGUUCUUGGAGGUGCUACUAUAUAUACUUUGUCAAAGAGCCUUUACAAUGUGGAAGGAGGUCAGAGAGCUGCUGUAUUCAAUCGUAUUGUUGGUGUGAAAGAGAAGGUGUACCCUGAAGGAACUCAUUUUCUGAUUCCCUGGUUUGAAAGACCCACAAUUUAUGAUGUUCGUGCACGUCCCUAUAUUGUUGAGGGUACUUCGGGCAGCCAUGAUCUCCAAACGGUUAACAUAGCUCUUCGCAUUCUUACGCGCCCUGUGGCAGAUCAACUACCAACCAUCUAUCGAAGCCUUGGUGAAAACUUCAAUGAACAGGUCCUGCCUUCUAUAGUUCAUGAAACUCUGAAGGCCGUUGUUACUCGGUACAAUGCAAGCCAGCUCAUAACUCAAAGAGAGACUGUCAGUCAGGAGAUUCGAAGCCUUUUGAUUAAAAGAGCAGCUUCCUUUAACAUUGCACUUGAUGAUGUGUCUAUAACUAGUCUGACUUUUGGAAGGGAAUUUACUGCUGCAAUCGAGGCAAAGCAAAUAGCUGCACAAGAAGCUGAGAGGGCUAAAUUUGUUGUGGAAAAAGCUGAACAGGAGAAGAAAAGUGCAAUAAUCAGAGCACAGGGUGAAGCCGCGAGUGCAGAGCUAAUUGGUAAAGCUACUGCUGAAAACCCUUCAUUUAUCACACUUAGAAGAAUUGAGGCUUCAAAGGAUGUUGCUCAAACAAUAUCAAACUGCUGCUAAUCGCGUGUACUUGAAUUGAGAUGACCUGUUGCUCAACCUUCAGGGAAUGAACUUGUCCAUCUCUAGUCUGAGGAAAUGAAUUAAGAAGGAUCUCAGCUUUUCUUAAGUCGGGGGAUUUUUAGGUAGGUGGUGAAUGAUAUCAAUAGCCAUAGUGAGUGUUCAAGCCCCCGUUCAGCAUUAAACAUUACAGAUGUUUCUAAAACUUAAUUUGUAGUACCUCCUUUGCAAGGCAUGUGAUGUGGUCAUUUAACUA